GACAGGCUCGACAACGCGGGGGAAUGAUUACGAAAAAAUUCGAAAAUCGAACGCUUUAUCGAUAGUGCGGGGACUUUUUUGUCGAUAGCUAAUUAGUGCUGUGCUGUGCUAGUGUUGUGCUUAUAGUUCGAGUUUGGAGACAUUUUCGAUAUGUACAACGCGGGGAGAACACGAUAGUACGAUGACUCCACACACAACAAAUUUAUAAUGUGUGUGAUGAGGUGAUGAAGUAAGAUGGCCGAAAAGCUGUUUCUGCAGAUCUGCAACUCGAUCAAACAGUAUUGGCACACAUUCAAAGUGAAAAUAUACCUUCUAAUUUUCUACAUAUUCAACCAUAAGUAUCGCAGACAGAAAAAUAACUUUGGUGUAGUGUUGUUUUUAGUGCUAGUUUUCAGUAUGAGUUCGAACGGUAGUUAUCCUAGGAACUCUAUGUUACGGACUAGAAUUAUAGGCACUAGGUACGGGAAGCUGCAGGGUGUGAUCCUGCCAAUGGAUCAGCAUAAGUACUUGAAGCCUGUUGAAGCAUAUCUUGGAGUGCCGUACGCGACGCCUCCUACUGGAUCCAAUAGAUUCGCACCAACACGAGCUCCAGCGCCUUGGGAUGACGUGAAGAUGGUGGAUCAAAUGGGCCCGGUCUGCCCUCAGAAGCUGCCGGAUAUAUCCAACGAGACCCUCACCCUCGAGAGGAUGCCGAAGGGCAGGCUGGAGUACCUGAGGAGGCUGCUGCCCAGACUCAAGAACCAGAGCGAAGACUGCCUGUAUAUGAACAUCUAUACUCCUGUACAAGUUGGUCCGACGCUGCUCGCCAAGUAUCCAGUAGUGAUCUUCAUCCAUGGGGAGUCGUUUGAGUGGAACUCGGGAAAUGUGUACGACGGCGCCGUGCUGGCGAGCUACGCUGGGCUCGUCGUCAUCACCAUCAACUAUAGACUGGGGAUACUAGGAUUCCUCAACGCCAACCCCAUACCGCACCUCAAAGCCAGAGUAGCCAACUAUGGGUUAAUGGACCAGAUUGCUGCAUUACACUGGGUGCAACAGAACAUCGCUCUGUUUGGCGGAGACCCGGGCAAUGUGACAAUGUUGGGUCACGGUUCCGGAGCUGCCUGUAUAAACUUUCUUAUGAUCUCCCCCACUGUUAUGCCUGGUUUGUUCCAUCGGGCGAUCCUGCUAUCCGGCUCAGCGCUAAGCUCGUGGGCCCUCGUCGAAGACCCGGUCAGCUAUUCCGUCCAGCUCGCACGCGAAUCCAACUGCACUCUACCGGAUGACAUCGUCAAAGAUCACGAACUUAUCGUCGAUUGCCUCCGAGAGGUGCCACUUUUAGAACUGAUGUCAGCAGAAAUCAGCACACCCAGCUACCUAACAGCGUUCGGACCGUCAGUAGAUGGAGUCGUGGUUAAGACUGAUUAUGCGAAGGAGCUCCUCACUUUCUUCAUUCCGAACGACCUUCAGGGGUUCACGAGUGUAUCUGGAGUCAAUAACAUUAAAGCAGAUAAACGAAACGGAGAUAGGAUAUUCGGAAUAAGAGGGGGACAGAAUAAAUACGAUCUCCUAUUUGGAGUUGUCACGAGUGAGGCCCUUUGGAAGUUCUCGGCUCAAGAUAUACAAAACGGUUUCGAGGGCGAGCGAAGGGAUAAAAUUAUAAGGACCUACGUACGGAACGCCUAUACGUACCAUCUGAGCGAGAUUUUCUUUACGAUAGUCAAUGAGUACACCGAUUGGGAAAGGACGGUCCAGCACCCAAUCAACACGCGCGACGCGGCUGUUCUCGCAUUGUCUGACGCGCAAUACGUCGCUCCUCUAGUCCAGACGGGGGAUUUCCUCAGCGUCAGCAAGAGUUCUAUAGGCACAGGAUCAAAUACGUUCUUCUACGUGUUUGACUAUCAGACGAAGGAUGGGGAUUAUCCACAGAGGAUGGGCUCGGUCCAUGGGGAGGAGCUGCCGUAUUUAUUUGGGGCCCCAUUAGUUGAGGGUCUGGGGCACUUUCCGAAAAACUACACGAAGUCCGAAGUCGCCUUGUCUGAAGCUUUUAUACUCUAUAUGGCAAAUUUCGUUCGGACUGGGAACCCCAAUGAAGCACAGAAACAGGAAGCCAUUCUACCAAUUUCCAGAGAGAGGAAUAAAUUCAAGAGCAUCGUGUGGGACGAGUACGACACACUUCAUCAGAAAUAUUUGGAAAUCGGGAUGAAGCCCCGCAUGAAGAACCAUUAUCGCGCCCAUCAGCUGUCAGUGUGGCUGCGGCUGAUACCGGAAAUCCACAGAGCGGGGAUGAAAGACGUCGUCGCGAAACACAACCUGUUCCGGAACCACAACGACAUGGAACUGUACGACGGGCUCGUCCGGCCCGACCCGCUGACCCGCGCCAACUACUACGACCCGACGCUCGAGACGUACCGGCGACCCAACAUGUCCCUCGACCCGUCCACGACAAUAGAGACGUACGUCACGACCUGCAUCAGCGUCGUGUCCCCGCGACCCGACUCGCUUGUCACUCAAAGUCGGAACGAUUCCCGUCAGGACGUUUCUAAUUUGGAAGUCGCGGGGUACACGGCAUACUCUACCGCUUUAAGCGUCACUAUCGCUAUAGGAUGCUCUCUGCUGAUCCUGAACGUGCUUAUAUUUGCCGGAGUGUACUACCAGAGGGACAAAACGAGAUUACAGGUGAAGGCGCUCCAGCAGCAGAAACGGAAUCACUCCACGUUCGACGGCGCGUCGAAGCAUCAGCACUUCUUCGUCGGCCACUCCCAAAGCUCCAGCACGAUAGUCGACAUCGACCAUCAGGACAAAUCCGCAAUUAUCGCGAUGACGAAUCGAGUGCCGCAUUUCACGAGUGCGAAUUGCCCGAACGUGUGCCAUACGGGAAUUCAAAUGUCGAAUUUAAAGCAAUCGAGUCCGACCAACAGAGGUCAGUGCACGACGCUACCGAGAAAGGUCGGCUUCAGCUACCAGAAUCAGAUCUGCAGCGCGUCGAAUUGUAUGACCUUGCCCAAGAAUGCGACGUUUAUGAGCAGCGGGAACUUACCGGACGUCCAGGCGCAGACUGGCCAGUCGCAAACUCCAGGCAACGGCUCGGUCCCAUCAUCAUCACCCUCCCAGCACUUCCAGAAGUCGCGAAUCCCGCAGGCGGCCAUGUCGGAGAUCAACGCAUGAGAAAUAGAAGAUAUUUACAAUUAUGUAUAAAGUGAUACUUAUCAUUGUGGCAGAGACACAAUUCACGGAGUGCAUAGUUGUAAAUAUCGCGACGAAAAUGUAAAUAAGUGACUCUAUAGUGUAAAUUCUAGUCAAUAAAUGUAAAUAGUAUAGCCUCCAUGAAAUGGGUUCACGGGAUACCACGAUUUUAGAAUGAAUCAAUUAAUUAUAUACCUCCUACAUGAUCGAGUAAAUCGGACGUUAAUUAAAAAUUUACUUCUAGUAAUACGAAGUUUCAAAUAAAUGUACAUAAACUAGUGAUUAAAGACUGUACUGUAAAGAUUGCGUGUCAAAUUGUCCUAUAUUUACCUCAAUACGACAAAAUAAUCGUCUUUAUAAUCGUUUAGGGCUUCUUUUGUUUUGGAUGAGAAGUUAAUGUUGAAAAUUGUUGCGUUUUAAUCGCGGUACAUUGUACAGGUUAUUUUUUUUUUUAAUGACUGUGGUUGUAUUGUUUUAAAAGUUCCAAUUAACGAUAUUUCUCAGAAUUCAGGAUAUGAAUAUCCGUGUUAGUCUAUGAAAAUGUUACGAAAGUGAUUAAAUUGGUUGUUACUUUGAUCGAAUACUUUGAUGUUUUCAUACUUUGUGUAUUACGUUGUUAUGCCUCUACGUUGGUCCAUGAUGGACAAUCGACUACGUGAUGGCCAUAUUCAUCUAUGAUUGCAAAUGAUCGAUGUCGAAUGUUCACGAUAAAGACAGCUUUUCAAUCAUGGUAAUGACCAGCAAAGUGAAUCG